AUGGAGAAGCUCAGAUCUGCUUUUAAGUCCUCCGGGGCCACUACUACCGAAGUUUACAGCGACGAAAAGAAGAAUGAUUUCGAAACUGGCUCUCCAGUGAACUUGGAACUUGUAGCUUCAAAGUCUCAGGAAUUCGACCCUAUUUCCUCUAACCUUGUUAAGGAUGUCAUCGAAGAUGAGUAUGCUACUAUUACUGUCGAAGAUGACUCUCCCUACCCAGAAGUCAGAGCUGCAGUUCCAUCUACCGAUGACCCAAGUUUACCUCAAAACACCAUCAGAGCCUGGGUCCUUGGUCUUAUCAUGACUACUAUUGGAUGUGGUAUUAACCUUUUGUUCUCUUUGCACACACCAUCUGCUUACAUCACUACGUAUGUUACCGCCAUUGUUGCUUGGCCUCUUGGUCUCGCCUGGGCUAAGUUUCUUCCUAACUGGAAGAUUUUCGGUUGUGAACUUAACCCUGGUCCUUUCAACAUUAAGGAACACACAAUUAUCACCAUUAUGGGAAACGUCUCUUUCGGUGGUGGUGCUGCUUAUGCUACCGACAUUUUGUUGGCUCAAAACAAAUUCUACAACCAAGAUUUCGGCUGGGGUUUCGACUUACUUGCUAUCUGGUCGACACAAUGUAUAGGAUUUGCAUUAGGUGGGAUCGCUAGAAGGGUUGUUGUCUAUCCUUCAUCCGCUAUUUGGCCAUCCAACUUGGUUACCUGUACUUUCUUGACCAACUUGCACAUCAAUGAAAAUCAUACAGUUAACGGAUGGAAGAUUUCUCGUCUUGCUUUCUUUGGCGUCAUCCUUGGUGGCUCUUUCGUGUACUACUGGUUCCCUGGUUGGAUCUUCCAAGCUUUGUCUUACUUCUCGUGGAUCACUUGGAUUAAGCCAAACAACGUCAUCAUCAACCAAAUUUUCGGUUCUUACACUGGUUUAGGUAUGUUCCCUAACAAUAUCGCCUUGGACUGGAACCAGAUCGCUGGUUAUGUUGGCUCUCCUUUAAUUCCACCAGCAGGUACCAUUGCUACUAUUUUCUUGUCCAUGGUGGUUAUCUUUUGGAUCAUUGUGCCAGCUGUCCACUACUCUAACACUUGGUACGCUCAGUACUUGCCAAUUUCCUCGUCUUCAUCUUACGACAGAUACGCUAAACGUUACAAUGUGUCCAGGAUUAUUAACCCAGAGACUUUGACUUUCAACAAGGAAGCCUAUGAAGCCUACUCGCCACUUUUCUUGUCUACCACGUUUGCUAUGUCUUAUGGAUUGUCAUUUGCUUCCAUCACCGCCACCCUUGUUCACACUGUCCUUUUCCACGGUAAGGAUAUCAUUAACCAAGUUAAACAAAAGGAAAAGAUGGAUGUUCACUACAGAUUGAUGAAGCUGUACAGGGAAGCACCAGAUUGGUGGUUCGCUGUUGUUUUUGUUGUUUUCUUUGCUUUGUCUAUUGUGACCGUCAGAGUGUGGAACACCGAAUUCCCAAUCUGGGCGCUUGUUGUUGCUUUGUUGAUUGCCAUUGUCUUCUUGCUUCCAGUUGCUAUCAUCUACUCUCUCACUAACAUUGCUGUUGGAUUGAACGUUGUGACUGAAUUCAUCAUCGGUUACAUGCUUCCAGGUAAGCCAUUGGCCAUGAUGUUCUUCAAGACUUUUGGUUACAUCACCAACAACCAAGCUGUCACUUUCGCUCAAGACAUGAAGUUGGGACACUACAUGAAGAUUGCUCCAAGAGUGUUGUUUGCUUCUCAAUUGAUUGCUACUAUUUGGGGAUCCUUGGUGCAAAUUGCUGUUUUGAGAUGGUCUUACGGUAACAUUGACCAUCUUUGUGACCCAGAACAAGUUAAUAACUACAACUGUCCAAAUGGUACAGUUUUCUUCAAUGCUUCUAUCAUCUGGGGUGUCAUUGGACCACAGCGUCAAUUCUCUUCAGGUCAAAUCUACUACGGUUUGUUGUUCUUCUUCAUUAUUGGUGCUAUCUUGCCAAUCAUUAACUGGUUGGUGUUGAAGAAGUGGCCAAACUCGAUGAUCAGACACUUGAACUGGCCAGUGUUCUUCUCUGGUACUGGAUACAUUCCACCAGCCACCGCUUACAACUACACAUCGUACUGUUGCGUUGGUUUAGUUUUCGGAUGGUGGAUCAAGAAGAGAUGGUUCCACUGGUGGUCCAAGUACAACUAUACCUUAUCCGCUGGGUUGGAUAUUGGAUUAGCCUGGGGUAUGUUGAUCAUUUUCUUGACCUUGUACUUGACUAACGCCACGGCACCAAACUGGUGGGGUAACAACGUUAUCCUUGGUACAUUGGAACAGAACAAUGCUGCCAUCAGAGUUGUUCUUCCAGAAGGUCAAGGUUUCGGUCCAUCCAGCUGGUAAUUAACUUAGGCAAGUGACGAGCCUCCUAAUUUAGUUUGUAUAUAUGAACAAAUCUUUUAAUUAUUAAUCGCAAGUAUCAAUCGCGUCUGAAGCACUUCGCCAUAGAUUGCAACGGAGAAGUGACUCUUCGCAGCCUAGAGUGGUUGCGGAAGGUGAUAAAUGCCUGUGUGAUUUUAGUUCGGUCGUGUCAGCAACUGACCUAUUAUUUGUGGUUGUUGUUACUCAAUCGGUUUAUUUUGUGGAUGGAGAUCAAUACAUCAUGC